AUGAAUCUUCUCAAAUCUUUACAUCAAGUUUAUACAUCAAAUCGAUUCGAUAAACGAUAUUUUACUAAUACUACUGAUCACAUAAUGACAUUUACUCAUUUAGAUCUUAUCGAUCGAGCUGGUUCAGCCUAUGUUUCAGGUCUGUGUUUACCUCUAUAUAUAUAUUCAAUUAUUCAAGAAGAUCUUAGAGCAUUCGGAGUUAUUUUAACUAUUACACAUGAACUUGGUCAUAAUUUUGGUUUAAGUCAUGAUGAAACCGAAAAUGAAUGCAAUGAUCCUCAUAUACAAUAUAUUUAUGACGUAUAA